UAUCCCAACAGUAGUUAUGGACAAGGAGGAUAUGGCUCGGAUACACGACCCGGGUACAAUCCCUCUUCUAAUUACCCGAGCAGAGGAUAUGAACAAGGCGGAAUUGGUAUGGGUGCACGACCUGCCGAAGCUCCCCCUUACCGUGAUGUGGGAUUCUCACAGCCUUCAUAUGGAAAUCAAGGUCCGCCUCCUUUGAGCAGAGAUCCUGGAAUGAAGUCAGAUCAAGAAACUCGUGUUUAUGAUCCAUAUGCAGAGUAAACCAAAACCAUCGAUAGUUGGUGA